CGUGUCACGGCGGUAGAAGUAAAGCAUACCGAUGACCUUGAUCGGCCAAAAAGCUAGAGUAUGAAAAGUGACACAAAAAAUUUAAUUGCUGGAAGCUUGUCCGGUUUUACUGUCCGUUUUCUAACUCAACCAUUAGAUGUUAUAAAAAUUCGUUUUCAAGUGAGUUUUUGUAUUCUAUGCUUGUGUUAAAAACAACUAUAAUUCAGUUACAAGUUGAAGAUAUUAAGCCCUCAGGAAAAUCAUAUUACACUGGCCUAUUACAGGCAUUCAUUCGUAUUUACAAAGAAGAAGGUGUAUAUGGUCUAUGGAAGGGUCAUGUACCAGCACAAUUUCUUUCUAUUACAUUUUGUGGAGCACAAUUUGGGAGUUUUUAUGCCAUUGAAAAUUUACUAACCAACCAAAUAAAUCUUAGCUCAUCAUCUGGAUGGGUGCAUGAUGUGAUAGCCGGUAGUGUAACUGGUCUGAUUGCGUCUACAUUAAGUGAACCAUUAGAUGUCAUGAGGACACGACUUAUAGCUCAAGGUAAAAAUCAGGUAACCAUUUAUAGGUUUUCUAAAGAGAAUUAUUGACUAUGUGCUUUACAGUUUUGUUCAUAAGGAUGGAAAGUUUGUGUAUGUGCGUGUUGGAUUUUUUUAUGGCUGAGAUAGAUAACAGUAACGUAACUUAUUUACUACAUAUAGAUUUAUGUACUUGGUUUUAACCCAUACUAUAUGUAGAUUGCUGGGAAUACAUAACUACCUUAUCCAAAUUAAGUAAAAACAGGGGUUCGAAGCUUGUUUUUCUCGAGUGUUUUAAUCUUCAAUUUGUUAAAGUUGUUUGUCUGGACAAAAAGCCACAGUAAAGCAAGCCAUUACACGAGUAUGGAUGUUUCAGAUAAAUACUUCUAGAAUAGUGGAUCAGCUUUUUACUCAUUUUGAAUGUAACUGUAGUCCUAUCUAGCGGUUUUUGAGUAGUAAGAUAGAAUAAUUAUUUCAUACAAUAACUGUAACCUGUAUAUUAGUGUGUAAACUUAUAGAUGGCUAAUUAUUUGUAUUCUUGUUAUCAUGUCUUGUCAAAUUAAGAUAUUAUGAAGCCCUAAAAUGUUGGGAUAAAUAUAUGUGACUCAGUGAUUUGAGCCUUCAACCUUUUUUCGAGAUUAUUCUCAUCCUUCUAUUCGGUUGAUAUGAACUACAUGUAAAUGAUAACUGUACGUUGUAUCUCAGUAAUAUCAGUGUAUUGAAAAAGGAAUUUAUUGCUUACUAUACUAGUGACAUAAUUACUAGCAGUAAAUAAAUAUGGAUAUUUAAAUUUCUUGCCAAAUUGAACCCAAUGCCUUCAACUGUUUAAGCGAACAUUUUAGACCCUGAAUUCAUUAAACAUAAUCUGGGGAAUAAUUUCAUUGUUUUUACAAAUCAAAUCAAGUCCAAAUUAAAAUGUUUAUCAAAGUUAAGUCGUAAUUGAAAUACUGGCGAACUGUAAGUCUCAACAAAGAAGGGUUCCCAUAUAUAUUGUUUUCUUUCUCCAUUUAAUUGGAUUUACAAAAUGUUACCAUAGUGUACAUUACUACUCGAUCAAAGUACCAGGUAAUCAGUACAGUCAUUCGGUACUUUGAAUAUUUUCACAGUUAUAAAUAAUGUUUUGAAAACUGUCAGUAGUAAAUAAACUAAGUAUAGAUGGUCUGUUCAGAAAAUACAGUAACCAAACUACUACAAUUUUUUAUUAGAUUUAGGUGAAAUUGUCAGGAAAUUUAUGGGACGUUAUUUAUACAGUUGUAAUCUAUUGAAGAUAACAGUUAUUUUUAAAUAGAUCAAGGGUUUCUGUGAAGGUCGUGAAGACCGUGGGUAUGGGGUGAGGUUAUGAUGAUCAUUAUUGACGUCUCAUAUUGUGUCCAGUGGCUAAUUCAAUGUUUAAACGAUUGCCAGUCACCUAGAUUCACAUUAUUCUAGCGUGACGUAAAAAUGAUAAGACAACUGAAGAGUGACUUUGGUAGAUUUAUAUGGAUGUAUUGGACAAAUGAAAAUAUUUUGAAGGGAAUAAGAUGGAUUUAACCUAAAUUUUCUUGGUUAAAGUUUGUAUAACUUCAAUGCAGACAUUUACUCGGCAGAUCACUUAUGUUUCUUUCUCAGAUUUAACAAGUAGAGACAAUUUUAUGACAGUUGCAUGAAUGUGAACAUAUACGGUGAAGUAAACUGUUAUUACUACAAAAUAAGAGACCAAUGUUUACAUGAAUUUAUUUUGUGUUUUGAAAUGAAGGUUUAUUCAGGCUUCCUAUGUGGUAUGCGUCAUCUUAUUCAUGAAGAAGGAUUAUUUGGCUUAUGGCGAGGACUUGGACCAUGUCUUAUAUCAGUAGUACCACAAACAACUGUUUAUUUUACAGUUUAUGAACAAUUGAAGCGUUCUCAUAUUCUAUUGAAAUCAAAAGAGAAUAUCCCUAUGAAGCAUAAAUCCGCUUCUUUAAAUAACGAUGUUGGUCAUGAAUCAUCAUUGGAGACUGAUCACCAUCUUCAUCAACAGUUAAAUUGGCAUUUUCCACUUUGGGCUGGUGGAUUCUCUGGUCUCUUAGCUAAGACAAUUGUCUAUCCUCUUGAUUUAGCUAAAAAACGUUUAGAAAUACGUGGAUUUGAAAAAGCUCGUUUAACAUUCGGUCAAUUGCCUAAAGAGAGAAAUAUAUUGAUAAUUCAUAGUACUACUGCUACUUCUACUACUACUUUAGUGAACAGAACACCAGUGGGGACAAUCGAAUGUAUUUGACACGAAAUGACAGAGUAUCUCAAUAAAAUCUGAGAACCAUAUAGUAAAUCGUUAAUUUGCAAAAUAUCAAUCCAUUAUCUCAAACUUGACUGUUCAUGUUGCAAACAUCAAUUCGUUGUCUCACAUUUUAUUGUUCAUGCGUUUUCAUACCAAUUGCGUUCUGUUCCCAUUCUUUCCUCAUCGACUUUCUACUGAAAUACAUUCUAUAACUGACCACCGUUAUAUACUACUUGUAUGGAUAUAAGUAACCCACACCACACUACUACUGUCUUUCAUAAUAUUAUUGUUAAACCAUUUACUAGGUGUGUAUUGAUACAAUUCUCAAAGAUUUAGGUCUAACACUCGUAAUUUAUUGAAGAAUGAAUGACCUACAAGUUAAUUUCCUUCAAUUACAUAUAACAUUUUACCAUGUUUAUUUUCUGGUCAUAUUUUGUAUCUAAGGAUGUUAUUUUAUUCCAUCUAAAAAGCCUAUUCAUUUGACUAGUUGUCUUGUCUUUCGGGACCUUAAAGCAAUAAUACAGCCUUGUGAGUAGCUAUCACUUGGUCACAUUAUAUCAUUACGUUCAUCUAUCGAUUAGCAUUCUGUCCAUCAAUUUAAAUAAUAGAUAUUUCAUAUCACACAGAAAACACAUUCCAUAACAGGUACAGAUUCGUGUAGUUGGUCAGUAGUUACAUUAAUUGUGAAGAUUAGUUUUACUAUGCGUUCCCGCAAAUUGAGGUAGAUGGAGGAGGGUUCGGACCUGUGACUUAAUGACUGAGAAUUGAAUGCCUUAACCACUGAAUGAAAACUACAAUUUUCUGAUAACUUAUAUACAAAGUUUAUAUGCUCUAAUAGUUUAUGUACUAAUCAGCUUUGAGCUUAGCAGUGUUUGCGUAAGAACUAUGGAUACUACAUUGCCAAAAGCUAAGUUAGAUGCAAAUAUUGUUAGAGAUAGUAUGGGUAGUUAUCGCAUAUCGGUCAUGCACAUCAAAGGAGAAUACCUUUUGAGGCGCCUGACGAGCAAUUUGGAUUACAAGUGGUCUUGAUGACCUAGGAGCGUGAGCAUAACAGUUGUUUGGGACCUGUCAGAUACAGCUUUUUUGUUACAGAUUUUAAUGUGUUAGCUCCGUACUUUGCAACCCUUACUGUUGGCACCGGAAAUCUAUGGGGCAAAGAAAUACAGAGUAUUUUUAGGGAUGUCACUAACAAUUCGUUUAAUAAUCAGUGACAAAAGUUUUCUCAAUUGAUUUAGAUAAAUUUGUAUGUCAAAGUGCUCUCUUGAACAUCUCUUUUAAUUUACUCUACUCAUAAGUAGUUAAAUUAGAUUAACGAAAAUUGAGGUCAGAAUUCACAUUCAAAUGAAUUGGACGACUUCAAUCCGUAAAUAACGCUAGUGAAUGGAGUAGCGAUAAUAAUUUAAGAAUAGUCAGUUAUGUAGUCUCUUACGUGCUACUCUUUUGAGCUUCAUCUUAAAACGGGUUUUUCGGAAUAAAUUCAGCUUCAAGUAUCAAAAAAUUUGAGUUUUCAAUCUUCCGUGUGGUUGAGUAGUUAUGCUCUAAGGACCCUGAUUGGGGAGUCACAACGUCGCCAUAAAUACUAUCCACGUAUGCGUCUUUUCCUGCCACGAUGGCAUGUCAUAAAAUGGUCAAUCGGCUUCUCCCAUUCCACCCUACCAUCAGCAAUUAAUGCACGAAAUUUAUCUAUCUAAGAUGCCAUUCGUAACACAUGUCUAAGCCACUGAAGUCUAUGUUUCUUUAUGGUGACACCGUCUGGGUUAUCGUCACCGUGCCAAUUUAUUAAUAUCGUUAAACUAAAGUGCCAUAUGAAAUGAUUGUAAUUGAUUUUCUGAAUUGUAUAGUCCUGCCUUUUAAAAUAUGCCCCUGUUUUUGAGAAAAUAUUCUGUAUCAUAUUCACUGAGAUGGUUAACCUUUUUAGGUAUACUUAUGAGUAAACAGAAUUUUAUAGGAUAUUUCACUAUGAUAACUUUACCAUUCAGUCGAUUUCAAGUAAUUUGAGAUUGUGACUGCUAUAACUGACAGCAGAUUAGAGGACAGCGAAUUAUCGAUCGGACCAAAAACGCGCAAACACGUAAGAACGGCCCAGGGUUCUGAUUGGUCCCGCUUCCCUGUCUAGCCCAGCCAGUUGGGUCC